UCCGCUCCGACCCAAAUUCAAGAUAUAUAAACGACAGCUGUGCUUUUGUAACACGACCAUAACCUUUUGUUUUUUCUACCACCAACAAUAAAAAAGUCCGAAAUGACAGAUUCAAAACACAUUCCCGAGACAAUGCACGCAUUGCAAACUGUCAAGACUGGCUCUGCCGAAGAGUCGCUCAAAUAUGUCCAAGUCGAGACACCGAAAGUGACCCGUCCCACUGAUAUCUUGAUACAGGUCAAGGCCGCAGGCGUCAAUCCUGUGGAAGCCAAAGCCCGACAAGGCAACGUUAUUCCUUUUAUGUCAACUCCUCGUAUCUUAGGUGGCGAUUAUGCCGGCAUCGUGGUUGACAAGGGUAAUCAAGUGACGGAAUUCGAGAUUGGCGAUGCUGUGUAUGGAACGCUCAGUAUGCCUGUCGGUCCAAAUGGAUCUUAUGCAGAAUUUGUUCUCGCAUCAAAAGGUUCCGGCUGCAUCGUGAAGAAGCCUGACAACAUAUCAUUUGAAGAAGCUGCUGGCUGUGGGGUCGCUUUAAUGACCGCAUACCAAGCGAUCACACGCCUAGGCAACUUGCCCAAGGAAGGCCCCAAAAAGGUGCUGGUGAUCGGUGCUUCUGGCGGUGUAGGCACCUACGCAGUUCAAUACGCAAAGGCACUCCCUGAGACCCAAGUUGUUGGCAUCUGCAGUAGCAAAAAUAUCGAGUUAGUACGCGGUCUAGGUGCUGAUCGAGUCAUUGACUAUACGUCCAAGGAAGCCAUGGAUGCGUUAGUAAAAGAUGAAUUCGAGACGUAUGAUCUGAUCGUGGACUGUGUGGGCGGUGACGACUACUACAACCAACUCGUCAAUCUGUUAAAAAAGAAAGGCACGUUUUCCACAGCCGUGGGUCCAGCCAUCCAUGUUGGAUCAGAAAAAGUGGGUCUCUUUGGUGGUGCCAAGAUAGUCGCAACCGUUUUGGGUCGCAAAUUGUUUGGCUCUCGCUCUUACCAGGUGGUUACCUACCUUCCAUGGAGCCAUCUGGCUACUGAUGUUGCUCCGCUUCUUGCUGAUGGCAAGAUCAAGACGGUGUUAAAGGACGACCAGGUGUUUGAUUUAAAGGAUGGCGCUCAGGCCCACAAAAUGAUUGAGUCGCAUCGUACCGUUGGUAAAAUUGUCCUCCGUGUCUAAGCCGACCAAUGUUUCUGCUUUCGCAUCAUUGUUUUUUGCUGCUAUAUACUAUAUCACAUCAUUGCUACUGUCUAUCUUCUUUGUUUGCUGCUAAUUCAUAAUAUAUCUCCACUUGUAUCCAA